GAGGGCGUUGUAUUUGCUGAACAUGGAACAAGGAAUCAUAUCACUGACGAUUGUCAACCAUCUUUCGCCCUACACUCCCAUGCGCACGAUGUGCAAUAGGUGAUGGAAAAAGAGUUUACUAGCCAGUUGGAAUCUCUUCAGACUAUACUUAAUGAGCGGGGACAGCAAUUUGAGGAGAUCGAUCGUGAAGCUGACGCGAUUUUGGAGGAGCGCAGGCGGCUGCUUGAAGAAGUCAAAGAAAAGGAGCACGCCACGCAGCGGUCUGUGUAUCAUCUGGAGGGCAUGGUCGGCAAGCUAAUCGAAAUCCGGGACUUCACAGGCGCAUUCUUCAACAAAAUUUCGUACCUCGAUACAAAGCUGCCUGUCUCCCAGAGAAGACUUGCUCUGUGGAUGGACAAACUGCAAGCGCUUCAAUCGCAGUGGUUCAGGACCAUUGGCCGAUACAUGACCGUCUACGCUCCCAGCGGGAUCCGUAACCGGUUUAUUGCAUGGGAGCGAGAUGUGCAGUCUGCGGCGAUGAAGGCGCGGGAGCUGCGGGGCGAAGUGAGCGAGAUCCAACUCGGAGGGUCAGCUGCUCCGGGAUCUGCGGCAACAGCAGCGGCAAAUUAUGGCGGAACAUCCACAUCAGCACGCAGUGCCUCCAAUGCCUCGCUUGUUAGUAGCAUAGCUCGUGCAGGAUCUUCAGGAGCACUAUCUCAAACCCCUUCUAUAUCAGUUAGGCCUCACAUGGUGACCCCACAGUCUCUCAGGACAGCAGGCGAGGACUCUGAAAAGGAUGUGCGUCGGUUCUUACACCAGACCGUGACCGAUAGAGCGGAUGGCUACGUAAUAACGGAGAAUGGAGCAGUCUCACACUCUUCGAGAGAAUCAGGACCUCGUCCAGGACCGGACUCUGUGUCCAAGAGGUCGUUCCUAAAUCUUUCCUCUUUGGAAUGGACGCGCAGGAGCACAGGUGGCCAUGGCGACACUGCUAGUAGCAAAAAGAACGAAUAAAGACCUGUGUGGGCAGCUGCAAAACUGCAUUCUUUUCAUCA